AUGGGCGACCACCCCAUCGGUUUUCGCAGCCAACUGGACACGGCAUUUCUACUGGCCUGUCUGUCCCUCGCGCUGCUCUCGACCGCGCUCACGGCGAUGACGUUCCGCGACCACCUCCGCGCGCCCAUCCACCCCGCGCUGCAAAUAUGCUGUCUGCGCAUCCUGGCGCUGGCACCCGUGUUCGCGCUCGCAGCGUGGGUUGGCAUGGCCGCCGUGCCCGCGUCGGGCUUCCUCGACGUCAUCCGCGACGGAUACGAAGCCUACGCAGUCUACUGCUUCUGGGCUCUGAUGAUCCUCUGGUGCGGCGGGCAGCGGCGCGUCACCGCCGUCAUGGCCCAGGACGUCGCAGCGGGGCGCUACGGCGCGCGGUGGUCGCUCUGCCCGCUCCUGAAGCCUGUGGGGUGCGGCUUCGGCUUCCUGCGUUUCGCGAGCGCCAAGUCGCACGUCCGAUACUGGCGUGUCGCGCUCUUGCAGUGGCUCGUGGUCAAACCGCUGGCGGCGCUCGCCGUCGCGGUCCUCGAGCUGACGCCGUGGCGCGCCCACGCGGUGCACGUGCGCACGGUCACGGUGCUCUCCACGUUCGCCGCGAUGCACACAGUCUUCGACACGUACGUGACGAUGUACAGCCACCUGCGCGGCCUCAACGGCGAGGGCAAGUUCCUGGCCAUCAAGGCGCUGGUCGCCGCGUCGCUGGCGCAGCAGGUCGGGCUGUCGCUGUGCUCCUCGCUCGGGUUCGUUCCGAGCGACCCGUUCUACGACUACUCCACCGAGGUCACCGCGCUCCGCCUUCUCUCCACGGCCAUCAUAAUCGAGAUGUGCAUAUUCUCGGUGAUUUUCUCCGUCCUAUUCUCCCGCCGGUCCAUCCUGCUCCUGGACGACGACUCCGAGCUGGAGGAGCUCGAGGGCCAGGCUGCGGGGGUCGCGGGGGAGGCGGAGGAGCAGAAGCGGCUCCUGCGGCCGAUGACGGAGGAGUCCACGGCGACGUUGAUGUCUCUCCGUCUUGUGUUUCGGUUGUGGGACGUGGUCGGGACGAGGAAGAUUGAGGAGUACGUGUUCGACAAGGACUUUCACUUGGCGGCGUCGGCGCGGUGGAAGGCGGCGAUGCUGGACCGGAGCGGGAGGUCGGUGGGGACGCCGCGGACGACGAAGAAGAGCGACGCGCGCAAGGAGUGA